AUUCAACAGCUUCUGUUAUUUCUGACUCUCUCUGCAGAUUAAUAAUCCUCACAUUUUUUAAAUGGGAACAGAUAACCAGACGUGGGCAAAAGAGUUUAUUCUCCUCGGCCUGUCCAGUGACUGGGACACUCAGGUCCCUCUCUUUGUUUUAUUCUCUAUCACAUACCUGGUGACAGUGCUGGGAAACUUCCUCAUUGUUCUUCUGAUCAGACUGGACAGCCGGCUCCACACUCCCAUGUAUUUCUUUCUCACCAACCUCUCCGUCGUUGAUGUCUCUUAUGCCACAAGCAUCGUCCCUCAGAUGCUGGUGCACCUUCUUGCAGAACAUAAAGUAAUCCCAUACGUGAGCUGUGCAUCUCAGUUAUUUUUCUCCUUGGCUUUGGGUGGGAUUGAGUUUGUUCUACUGGCAGUGAUGGCCUAUGACCGCUAUGUGGCUGUGUGUGACCCCCUGCGAUAUUUGGUCAUCAUGCAUGGAGGGCUCUGUGCUAGGUUGGCCAUCACAUCCUGGGUCAGUGGCUCUAUCAACUCUCUCGUGCAUACUACCAUCACUUUUCAGCUGCCCAUGUGCACAAACAAGUUUAUUGAUCACAUAUCAUGUGAAAUCCUAGCUGUGGUCAGACUAGCCUGUGUGGACACCUCUUCCAGUGAGGCCACAAUCAUGGUUUCUAGCAUUGUCCUGCUGAUGACACCUUUCUGUUUGGUUCUCUUGUCGUAUAUCAGGAUCAUCAGCACCAUUGUAAAGAUUCAGUCCACAGAAGGAAGAAAGAAAGCCUUCCACACCUGUGCCUCUCACCUCACAGUGGUUGUCCUGUGCUACGGCAUGGCCAUUUUCACUUACAUCCAGCCCCGCUCCGGCCCCUCUGUCCUUGAGGAGAAGCUGAUCUCUCUCUUUUAUGCCAUUUUGACACCCAUGCUGAACCCUAUGAUUUACAGUCUAAGGAAUAAGGAGGUGAAGGGGGCCUGGCAGAAACUGUUAGGGAAAUUAUCUGGAUUAACGUCAAAACUGGCAACUUGAUGAAUCAUGAACGUCAUUAAGAGAAAAGAGCUUUGCCUGUGUGUUCUCCCACCCAACUCAGAUAUGACAGUCAUCAACUGCAUUGCCCUG